GGAGCAGUCGGCUUGGGGGUGUUAAGAGCCCCUUAACACAACACAGUGCCUUUCAGUUUACCAACUCAGGACUGUUGAAGGGACGGAAACUAGGAGAAGAUUCUAGUAGGCCUACCACUAGGGCUGGGACAACGCAUCGACUUAACCGAUUAGUUCGACGCAAAAAAUACGUCGGUUCAAAAUAUGCAAAUCGACACGUCGUCAAAAUCAAAACAAGGUUGGCGGCAACGUGAGUGACUCCUCAGAAUUUCAAAAGUGCAAGGCACUGCAGCACGCACUCGUUCCUCUACUGCGUUUCUCUAACUAUGGGCCGCGGACGGAGCUGCACCGGUCCGCAAUGUAGAGAGACUGCUGGUCUGUGAGGCGUGGAGUGAAAUUAGGCUCGGUGCUUCACCUGAUAAUUUGCUGCGCAAUUGAUGAAGCAACCGCGGCCCGACAGAAAAAGAAAACAAAAGUUUCAGCAACCAGGAGGAAAUACUUGCUAAUUCGGUGUGAAUAAACAUACAGCAACACAAUGAAGUGUUGGUAUGAGCGUUCAUUGAAUGCAUGCAUGUGCGUGUUUGCGCGACAGAAACUGAAACUAAUCGAUAACGUUGGUGGCAAGUUCCGUUCAACCUUCUGUUUAAUUAUUUAACGACGUUUAAUAGAACGACGUGGAUUCUUGAUACAGAGCAGAGUAUAGUUCAGUCAAAUUUGAAUAUGGUCAAAAGAUUGUAGCCUUAGUCUUUCAUCUAAAAAUCUCCAGAUCAGUGAUUUACAUCUGCUCGGCCGUAAUACAUAGACUAAAGUUGGUACGUGUUUCCUGAAUCCUUACAUUCAGAGAUUCAAAUGGAAUUUCAUUAAAAAGCAUGUCAAUUUUGUCUCCAUUUGCCUACAAGAGUUUGAUGCUUGCAUGAGGGAAACAUCCCAAAACAAUAGCACCCAUAUUAUUGCUGUUGUUUUCAGAAGUACUGUAUUUGUCAUGCAACCAUUACCAUGCAAAAGCUAUGUAAGGGAUAAUCAAUGACGCGCCGUGCGUUUAUAGGAAAAUAAUGCACGUUCGAAGUGGUAAUAAGGACCCGACGCCGCAGGCGGAGGGGACUUUACACUUCGAUAAGUGCAUUAUUUUCCUAUAAACGCACAGGGCGCGGAGUUGAUUAUCCCGCUUAUACCACUGCUACUAUCAUUUUCGUUUAUAUUGCCGCCGUCUUAGAUACAACAUUGCUGUUUUUACCGUUACAUUCACAUUGGCGAAUUAAUAUUCAAGUGUAAUAAGCCCAAAAGAAGGGAACUACUUCAUAGCCGUGCGGUAUAUAGAAAAAUAAUGCACGUUCCAAAUAGCGCAUCACAAUAGGAAAUUUGACCAAGCAGUGGUAUAAUGUAAUUAUACUGUAUCUUACAUUACUAAAGCAGGUCUCUGAUUUUUUCACAAACUUUUUGUGAAUAAUGUUAGCAUUUAAAACAUUGACUGCUUUGAAGUGAAAGUACACUUAAUACAGCAUAAUAAUAAUUAUAAUAAUGAUCAUCAUAAUGAUGAUUUGAUGGGGGUAUACAGUAUGUGUAGGUGGGCCCUAUGGCCCCAAAGUCCCAAAGACUUAAAAUAAGCCUACUUAACUUGUCAUUUUAUUGAUGGCAGUUGGGAUCUUAUCCCCUUCAAUUUGACAACACUCCCAGUGUUUUCAAGGCUUCAAGGUUUUAUUGAAUGCUACCUCUGACUUAGAAUGCAUUACUUUGCACUUGCAUAGUCUUUCAUUUUGGAAUUUUAAGAGCAAUAAACAUACAUUGCAAUGUUUUAUUUCAUUCAGAUAUGUAAAUCAACAUGUAUAUAUUGCAAUUAGUCAAUUAGUGGGGAGAUAAUCGAUAAUCGAAUCGAAUCGAAAUCGAAUCGAACUGAAAAAAUGAAUCGUUAGAUUAAUCGAUGCAUCGAAAAAAUAAUCGCUAGAUUAAUCGUUUAAAAAAUAAUCGUUUAUCCCAGCCCUACCUACCACAUCUCACAGCAACAAACAGAGUGGAGAGAGUGUUUCUGGACCAGAGAAAGGUCGUCAUUCCGGGUCAGAACUGACGGGCCUUGAAAGAACUGAGAAUGAUAGGUUCCUGAAGUUUCACAAAGCCAGUCUGAAGAGGAUGAUUGAGCAGUAUGGUGAAAGCAUAUCAAAAGCUGCAAGUCACACCAAUCACUGGAUCAUCAGAAAAGAUGCUACAGAAUAUAGAACCUUGCCUGAAGAGAAAUUCGCUUCAGUCUCCUGCAAUGACCUCUUCAAAGCACAUGGUUUCAGAACAGUAAUCAGAACAGUGAUGACCCAUGGUGUAGCUGGCAUUGGAAAAACAUACUCUGUGCACAAGUUCAUUCUUGACUGGGCUGAUGGAAAUGAAAACGAGGAUGUAGAUUUUGUGUUCAUGUUUCCAUUUUGGAAACUGAAUCUAGGCAAGGACAUCUCCUGUAGUCUGCACCAGCUGUUGCUUGAUUUCCACCCAGAGUUUGGCAAUAUAGCAGAUUUGAAGAGAUUUGAUGACUCCAAAAUUGUUGUGAUCUUUGAUGGUCUGAGUGAAAGCCAACUUCAUUUGGAUUUCCAAAAUAACCAAAUGCUAUGUGACAUAUUAGAAACAUCAUCUAUCGACACAAUAAUAACAAAUGUCAUCAAAGGCAAUUUGCUUCCUUUUGCAAAAGUGUGGAUAACUUCAUGUGGAUCAUCGACUAACCAAAUUCCCUCUUGGUAUAUCAACCGAGUGACAGAAAUUCUUCCCCUCUCUGACUCACAAAUGGAGGACUGUGUCAAAGAAAUUCUAAAUGAUAUCACUAGCGUAAGCAUCUUGCAUCAAAUCAAGUUGUCAAAAAGCCUCCAUGCCAUAUGUCACAUCCCAGCCUUGUGUUCAAUUGCAGUCAGUGUUGUUCAGAAUAUGCUUGAACAGGGUGAAAGCAGGAUGAUACAAACCUGCACUGAACUGUACUCACAUUUUCUUCAUAGUCAGAUGAAGACCGAUGCUGAGGCCAAGAGUAGAUCUGUGCAUAUUGAGGGUGAGAAAAUGGUCGAUGGGAAGCCCCAAAGAUCAAGAAGGGAAAUUAUUUUGAGAUUUUCAGAACUAGCUUUGAGACAGUUAAUGGAAAACAGUUUCACAUUUUCUGAACAGGAUUUGAGAUACUGUGAAAUUUAUAUGGCAGAGACUGAUUCAAUUUUGGGGGUUUUGUUGAGACUGAGAUCAUUCCAGACAGAGAUCAAUCCAGGCAAGUCUGAGUUCUUUCAGGAGAAUGUUUUCUGCUUUAAGCAUAGGGGCAUUCAGGAGUUUCUGGCUGCUUUCUUUGUGUUUUAUGCCUACAACAACAAAAACAUGGACGUCCUAAAGCAUGUGUUGGAGGGCAAUUUCAGAAUACAGGCUGAAGAUGUUUCCCUGGAUACCCUGCUGAGAAGUGCUGUGGAUAACAUGUUGGAGAGGAAGAAUGGACACCAAUACUUUCUGCGUUUCCUCCUCGGAAUAUCUCUUGAGUCCAAUCAGAUCCUUUUGCAAAGUCUACUGACAGAUUCUUGUGACAGCUCAGGGACAACUGAAAGCAUACGGAAAUACAUAAAAGAUUUGGGUAAACAGGCAGAUGUCUCUAUGGACAGAUGUAUUGAUCUUCUCCACUGUCAGAUUGAAAUGCAAGAUCCCAGUGUGAUUGAAGACAUUGAGAGCCUCCUGAGAUCACAGAGAGAAUUUUCGCUCUCUCAUUGGUCAGAGAUUAGCAUCUUAGUUCAGAUGUCAGGAGGCAUUCUGGGUGAAUUUAGCCUCCAGAAGUGUCACCGCUCAGAACGCCAGUCAGUACUGAGCAUGUUCGUGAACUGCUGUAGAAAGGCCCAACUAUCAAACUGUGGUCUCUCUAAGGAUUCCUGUGUAAUGGUGGCCUCAGCUCUCCGGCAGCCACACAGUGCUCUGAGAGAGCUGGACAUGAGUGGAAAUCUCCUGCGGAACUCUGGGGUUAAACAGCUGUGGUCUGCACUCAAAAGUCCAAACUGUAAACUAGAAAUACUAAGGAUAUCAAACUGUGGCCUCUCUGAUUAUUCCUGUGUAAUGGUGGCCUCAGCUCUCCAGCAGCCACACAGUGCUCUGAGAGAGCUGGACAUGAGUGGAAAUAACCUGCGGAACUCUGGGGUUAAACUGUGCUCUGCACUCAAAAGUCCAAACUGUAAGCUAGAAAUACUAAGGAUAUCAAACUGUGGUCUCUCUGAUGAUUCCUGUGUAAAGGUGGCCUCUGCUCUCCAGCAGCCACACAGUGCUCUGAGAGAGCUGGACAUGAGUGGAAAUCUCCUGCGGAACUCUGGGGUUAAACUGUGCUCUGCACUCAAAAGUCCAAACUGUAAGCUAGAAAUACUAAGGCUCUCCAGAUGUCAUCUCACAAACACAAGCUGUUGGUCUUUGAAUUCAGCACUGGGUUCUGACCUCCUCUGUCUGAGAGAGCUGGAUGUCAGCCUAAAUGAUCUGGAGGAGUCAGGAGUGAAGCUGCUUGCAGAGAGACUGGAGGAUCCGAAGUGUAAACUGGAGGCUCUCAAGACAGAAGCCAGUCUACCAGUACCCGAGAGUUACUCUUUCAUCCCUGCUGCUGGGUCUUCAGUCUACAAUCAGAUAUAUAUGGAUGGAUUUAUGGAUUCAUCCAGGCCACAUUCAUGCAGGUUCGGAUCGGAUGAUAGUUUCCAAAGUCAGCCUGGACCCUCAGGAGUAAGACGUAAUGCAUUCAGUGACCUCUUUGGAGCACUGUCCAUUGAUUCCAAAGAUGAUGAUGAUGAUGAUGAUGAUGAAAGUGAUGCAGAGAGCAGUGGGGCCCCUGGUCCCUCAGGCAUCAUGCUACCACAGACAUCCAUUCCACCGCAGCCACCAAGACAUUUUCUUGGACAGCCUCCAAUUGAAGGUAAAGGUGGAGAGGUUUUUAAUUCUGAAGGUGGAGAAUGCAAAGGAAAUGUAGAGGUCUUCACACCAGAGACCUCUACUUCUUUGGAGAGGACCACAUACAGGUUCAGCUGUAGCUCCAAAGGUGUGUACCAGUGUCGUUACACAGGACUGAUAUUCAAAACAGCCACAGCAGCUGAGGUGCAGUACCACACAGUUCCCUGGGACUACAAGAAGCUGGAACAAGAAGGUUUAGUGGCAGCAGGACCUCUGUUCAAGAUGAAAGGUCUUCAGGGGAUGGUCAGACAGCUGGGAUUUCCACACUGCCAGAUCAUUUCCAGUGAUGAGACUCCAUCACUAUCCGUAAUACAUGUGACUGAAUCAAAGUUUGAAAUGCUCCCACCUCUGAGAACUUCAGACACCCAUGUGUUUUUAAACAUCACUGGAUUCUGCAAGUUUGGACUUGCCAAGAAAAGAUGCAGAGGGGAAGACAUCCCGAAAGAGAUCCCAUCUCUUGUGAUACUCUUUCUCAACAAGUAUAAACUGAAUGUUUUACUUCUACCAAGAAAUGUUGUUCUCAGAGAGGUAUGUGAAAAUAGGAGCAAGAUGUCAGAGCAAAGAAAUGAGAUCUACAUUCCAACUACAUCAAAAUGCAAACUGAUCUUAAAUGAGGAAUAUAAACUCACCUGCAGUGCACAGGAACACAGAAUAAAUCCAAAGACUGCUGAAUUUGAUGACAACUAUGGAGACUACUACUCAACAUUUGAGGUGUUUUUAUCCAUCUUAGAACCCAUUGAUCUGUAUCUGCAUGAAAAUGGCAAUGGGAGUAUGGGUGUAUGGGAGUCUCACAUAAACCUUCCAGAUCACCAAGGGGGAGGGACGUCAGCAGCGAUGUACCCUUCAAGUCCGUACACACCGCCAGGUCAGGACUUCUUUCACAGGCACAAGGCAGAGCUGGAGACUCGUCUAGGAACCCUGAGGCCCAUCCUCUCUGUGCUGGAGAAAUGUAGAGUUCUUAACCCCCAGGAGAGAGAAGAGGUGGAGAACAAGGAUGGAUCCAUGCGGAACCGCACUCUGUUGCUCAUGCUGAAGAGGAAAGGAGGUCCAGCUCAGGAGGAGUUCUACAGGGUUCUACAGGAAUGUGAUCCGUACCUGGUGAAAGACCUUGAAAGACCUCAUGAUUAUGGGACAUCUGAACAUCCCAAUUUGUUGAGAGGGGACAAUCAUACACAAGAGGGAGUAGCAUAUUGAUGAUGCUAUUGCCGUAACAUGAAGUAGGCUAGAGCUCUUCUCCAUUUGCACAAUGAAUGUCUUUUAACUGUUACAGUCGGGCUACACUGGGUGAACAACUAAAGUGUUCUGUUCAAGGACCAUAUGCUUAAAAAAUCCACUAUAAAUAAUGGAACAGGCUACCGCUACACCAUAACUCUCGUUAUGCUCCGUGGACGGAACAAAGGAACAAAAUGACCUGGAACGGAAUAAAUGUGUUGACUUGCUCAGUUCAUCUGUCAUUGAGGAGACAGUUGUGUUCUACCACUCAUUGACGUACACAUGUUUGUAUUAAGCAUGUUUUUGCACUUUUACCACAUGUAUAACUGUACAGUAUUCUUAGUAAUUUCGGUUGGAAUUGUCUGCUGAAUUACUAAAUGCAUAUUUAUCCUCAAUUAUUUCAAAAGGAGACAAAUAAGCUGUUAUAGUCCUUUAAUGUGUUUUGUUAUCCACAGGCUUCCUACAUCCCAUGAUUCAUUUUGAUUUAUUUUGAUUUAUCGCCUUUUGGAAACUGUACCAUUGCUGGCUGAAUUUAGUUUUAGGUGUAUGUAAAAAAUGACGUUACAUUUUAAGCCACCAAAUUAGUUUAGUCCAGUUAUAUGUACUGUAGGCUAUAACCACAAACGACACAUGUUGUCCCUGAGCUCAGUAUGACAUCUCUCAGUUUUGCAACUCUACACAGUCAAUAAUAAUUUGAGAAAUACUUGGCUCUUAACUCUUUGUUAACUAGCACACACAAUACUGCAACCUCACCGGACUUUAUACCCAUUUUUUUCUUUAAAACAGCAUCCCACAGAAACGGGUGGAUUGAACACAGUGUCUGCAUUGGUUGUGCUGGGACCUCAGGGUAGCUCUGUGCAAUGAUUUACAGUAUGGGUCAUCAGGGAGCAGUUUCUUAAACAUUAUUUAGCAACAGAGCAGAAUUAAAGCUGUUUCAACUGAAAUCUGUAGAAUAGAGACAAUGUCGGUAAAGAUGUAUGGCUUGACUUUCCAUGUUUUAGAAUAAUUGUAAUCAUGAAUUUGAAAUGAAUUUGUACUGUACAGGUUUUUAUAGUUUUAUAGUUUCUCUUUCCAUUCUCCUCUAAAGUCCUCUAUUUUUGUGUACUUCAUGUGUAUAAAAUACGGUAUGUAACUUGUGAAUGACGAGGUGAUUGUCAUUCACAAGGGUGAAUGACAAUGAAAGGGUUUUUCAGGGAAGUGUCAUCAUUCUAGAACACUUUUAUCUGUUGUUUUAUUGGUUACACAAUAGCUGAUAUCUGUGGAAUAGACAUGAUGCAUUAAUGUAACUGCUAUAAAAUGGCAUGGCAGAUACAGUAUUUGUACUGUAGAUUUUUUUUGUACGUGCUGUAGCCUACAGUUUGUACCAAGAGACAAUAUGUCUUACAGCAACAAGAUAUAUUAUAAAAGAGAUCUUUCAUUCCAUCCUUAAUUUGGCUAUCCUGGAACAAACAUUUGUAUGUGUUUUAAUAGCUGUAGACUGUCGAUAGUAAUUUCUAUGUACAUUUCUGUCUGUCUGUAUGUAUGUGUUGUAUGUAAUCUAUGAUAUGUUGUGCAUGUUUUAUCUCGAGUUUGUAAGAUAAAGUUUUCAAUCUUAUGUCA